AAUGAUCUCAGGGGUUUAAAAGCUGUUUUAUAUGUGAUUUAUCUUGAGGUUGACGGACUUCCCGUUGCGGAUGUCAUCUUAAUCCCCCUCCAGCCACCGGAAGCGCUACAUAAAGCCGAGGCUGCAAAGUGCGUCACAACGCAGAGCUGCUGAGAGUAAACGGAUUCUGCCCAGUCCAGCACCGACAGUCUUCCCCUCUUCUGUUUGCACAAGAAACCCGAGCUGAAGUUUCCUCUCCAGCAUGGUGAAGAUUGCUUUCAACUCGGCUCUGGCGCAGAAGGCGCUGGGCAAAGAGGUGCCAGCCGAUGUGAGGGAUCCUGAGCUGGCCUCUGCUCCAGCGGGCAACGAGGGCUCCACAGGUCGCUGUCUGCUCACCCUGCUGGGCAUCGCCUUCAUCCUUAGUGGGCUCAUCGUGGGGGGAGCAUGUCUCUAUCGAUACUUCACCCCGAAGAGGCUGUAUCACGGUGCGAUGCAGUUUGGUGAUGUGUCAGCCGGAGCUGGAGGAGAGAGCCAACCAUACUACCUGCCACGGGUGGAGGAGGAGGUAGAGAUCUCUGACAGCAUAGCCGUCAUCAGCGUCCCACCUCCCCGCUUCAGACCUGGAGACCCUGCUUACAUCCUCCAUGACUUCAAUAGGAAGCUGACGGCAUAUCUGGACCUGACUCUGAGGACCUGCUUUGUGAUUCCUCUGAACACCUCAGUUGUGCUCCCCCCUCAGGAUCUGAUCGACCUCUUCUCACAGCUGAUGUCUGGCUCUUACCGCAGCUACUUGGUGCACGAGGACCUGGUGGUGACAGAGCGCAUCGAUGAUAUCAAGCCUCUGGGCUUUUACAUCCGUCGGCUGUGCGAUGGAAAGGAAACAUACAGAAUGCAGCGCCGCUCCAGCCUGCCAGGUGGAGGCAUCGAGAAGCGCUCUGCAGACGAAUGUUUCACCAUCCAGCACUUUGAGAACAAGUUUGUGACGGAGACUAGGAUCUGCAAGGCUUGAUGGGAAAGCAUGAGUGUAGGUCAGAAAGCGAGUGAGAGAGAGAGUGAUAAAGGGAGCCAGAGAGAGAGAGAGAGAAAGAGUGGGAGGGAGUAGGCGAAGGAGGGAACAACUUUUAGUAGAAAGUUUCUUUUUGUAUAAAACUUUUUGCCUUCCCUGCUUUAACCCAAGUGAUAAGUGAAUUUAAGUUACAGCGUUAUAUAGCCUAACCUCCCCCCUCCCUCUACUGCUGUAUUCCCCCGAAACCUGUAUAAGUCAUAGCUCAAAUAUUCAGUAGUUAGUCUUGUACUGAUAACCAGCGUCCGCCUGCUUGCUAAGAAUCUACUAAGUUUCCUUUGUUCUAUUGUUUGUUUUGUUGCUGUAGUUUCCUGCGGGCUUAUCUUAUCGUUGUUACUGUAUUACAUCCUCUCACCUCCAGACGAGCGUUGUUAGUCCUUCUACUGAAUUUCCUAACGAUACUGAGAACCCAUUCAUAUCAGACGUGUCUGUGCAUCAGCCUACUGUUCUCACUAGAGCAGCCUUGACAAGAUCUACUACAUGUUAGAGUGUGAUAUAGCACAAGUCACCCUGCAAAUGUUUGGUACAGUACAGUUACACAUGUAACAUGGUCGUCAGUGUCAGUUAUCGAUGGCGCCAGAGAUGCUCAAGUCCAGAGUUCUCUGUAGCCAUUUUUUUUUUUGUAGAUAUUUCCCAGAGUGCCCUGCUGCUCUCAGAGCCCUCUGCUGUCCCGCUGUGUGAUUACUUUAUGUAUUUGAUGGUGUCAUACCUGAUGGUGAACAGUCCAGCACCCUAUAUGACCAGUGUUUGUGUUUGUGUAGAAACCUCAUUUGUGACAAUAAACUUUAAGGAUGUUUGAUGAGCUAAAGUAGUAAAUAAGCUAAAGGGAAAUUUCACCAAAUUCCACUUUGUAUUUAUGAAUUUGUAGUCCCAUGACAGGAGACUACCUCUACUGAGACACUAUAUAUUUAAAAUUGUCAUAGGAACAAUUUGUUUGUAAAAGUCUGUCAGUGAAUCUGCAUAAAUCUGCACACUUGUCCUUGAUUUUGAAAGCCCUUAAGGAAAAGCUUGAAAGUAGUGAAAAAAAGGCCUUUUGCCAAAUAAUUUCAAGUCACUUUCAAAGGUUUCCCACUCGAUGCCUGCACAGAAAGACAAUCAGACAGGAAAAGUACUUGUAAAAAUGUGUUUCUGUCUCAGCUUUUUAACAAUACUCUAAUAUUAGAUAAAAAACUAUGUUGUGUGCAGCUACUGAAAUGAACUUCACUGUUGCUGAAUAAAAAUUGCAUUUCUUUAGUUAC